AUAACCAUUGAAAUUAGCAUACCCAUCCAAAUCAAAUGGCAAAUGUAGCGCCCUCCGAGGUUUCAUGUUUCCCUCAAAAAAACUUGUGGUCUUUCCAACAUUAAUGGAACAUCUUAACCCUCCGUAUAUAUAUAUAUAUACCGUUUUCCCCUUCUUCCUUCCAAUUCAAAUUGUCACCGGCCUUUGGCCAAUUUAUUUGCAGCGGCGACCAUUGGCUAACGUUCCGACCAUGACGACGGCCGUGGGCUCCCUCCUGUUCCUCCUCGCCGUCGCGUCCUUCUCCUCCUCUUCCCACGCUUUGACGACCGCCGAGGUCGAAUACAUCACCCGCCGCCAGCUCCUCAGCUCCGGAGACUUCGACAUUCCCAAUGACUUCGAGAUCAAGGUCGACGCGAAGCUGAAGUUCGCCAAUGACCGGCAGAAGAAAGCUUACGUGGCGUUACAGGCGUGGAAGGACGCCAUUUUUUCCGACCCGAAGAAGACGACCGCCAAUUGGGUGGGCCCCGACGUCUGCUCGUACAACGGAGUGUUCUGCGACCACGCGCUCGACGACCCGAAGUCGUGGGUGGUCGCCGGCAUUGACUUGAACCACGCCGACAUCGCCGGCCACCUUCCGGUGGAGAUCGGGUUGUUGACGGACGUCGCCGUCAUCCACUUGAACUCCAACCGCCUGUGUGGAAUCAUCCCCAAGAGUCUCUCCAAGCUGAAGCUCCUCUACGAGCUCGAUCUCAGCAACAACCGCUUCGUCGGGCCCUUCCCGGACGUCGUUCUCGAAGUCCCGUUGAAGUUCCUUGAUUUGCGGUUUAACGACUUCGAGGGGAAAUUACCGCCCGGUUUGUUCGACAAGCCAGGUAUGGACGUCAUCUUUUUGAACAACAACCGGUUCGAGUCGAACCUCCCGGAGAAUUUCGGGAAUUCGACCGCCUCGUUGAUCAUCCUGGCGAACAACAAGUUCACCGGAUGCAUUCCGAAGAGCAUCGGGAGAAUGGAGGACAGCCUGGAGCAAAUCCUAGCAUUAAACAACGAGUUCUCCGGUUGCUUGCCGGAGGAAAUCACGUUCCUCCGGAACCUGACGGUGUUUGACGUCAGCAAUAACAAGCUCGUCGGAGACUUGCCGGUGGGGUUGGAGUUCAUGCAGAGUGCGGAAAGCAUGGUCUUCUCCAACAACAUGUUCUCCGGCAUCGUCCCGGACACACUCUGUUCUUUGCCGGAGCUCAAGAACCUCUCAUUCGCCAACAACUAUUUCGAACAAGAAGACGCAUCAUGUGUGCCGCCGCAAGACGGGAUUGAUCUGAAUGAUUCUGGGAACUGUUUGGAAGGAAGGCCAGGGCAGAAAUCAGAGAAAGAAUGUCUCCGGGUUUUGAGCAAACCGGUAGAUUGCAGUAAAUCCGGUUGCAGAGGGGCACCUAAAGGAACUGGUCCGAGAUCGCAUAAGCAGCAUUCCGGCCAUGAAUCGGAGUCACCAAAAGGUUCUUCCUCUUCUUCUCCACCGUCGCCUCCUAAGUCAUCUCCUUCUCCACCGCCUCCUAAGCCUUCUCCCUCUCCAGAGGCUACGGCUCCGGUGCCUGAGACGGCUUUCACCCCGUCAAUCUCUCUUCCUCCGACUUCCGACAACGAGACUCCAGAAGGCUAUAGCCCAGCCGUGUCUCCUUCGCCGGCUUCGGGUGGUGAAGCUCCAACGCCGACACCAGACUCUCCCAGCCCUUCAAUAUCUGUUGUGCCGGCUUCUAGUCCACGACAAGGGGUUUUAGCUCCGGGCCCGGAUGCGUCAGGAUUUGCACCUGAAGCUUUUAGUCCGGACUUGAGCCCUAGUGCCCCAACUCUAGCACCAGAUGCUCCCAGUCCGUCAAUCUACAUGGUCCCGGCUUCUAGUCCAGGGGGACCAUCGUUUGCGCCGGAACCAUAUAGCCCGUCAAUCUCUUUGCCUCCAUCUUUUAGUCAGGAAGCUCCAACUCCAACACCUCAGGGCUCAAGCUCUUUUGUCCCAACACCUAGCACGAGUGGGUCUCCAACAUUGGCACCGAAAGGUUCAAGCCCGUCAAGCUCUCCUUCGCCAACAUCUAAUAUCGGAUCUCCAUCACCGACACCGGAAGGUUCAAGCCCAACCAUCUCUCCAGCUCCAUAUUCAACACCAGAAGCUCCAAGCCCGUCAAUCUCUCUUGCUCCGGGUUCAAGUCCCGAGGCACAACCACUCUCACUUGAGGCCGAUAGCCCCUCCAUCCCUCUUGCCCCAACUCCCGAGCCAGGAUAUGAGAGGGCUUCUCCAAGUCCGAGCGCCCAAGCUCCGGAACCAACAAAGGAGAAGCUAACUCCAAGCUCCCCGACUCCCACACCAGAGCCGGGGAAAGAAAAGCCACCACAUGGCCAUAAAACUCCGCCACACAAGAGCAAUAAGCCUUCUAGUCCCGCACCUUCAACUCCUAAACCGCCACCACCACCAAAACAAACUCCACCACACAAAUCUACCAAAUCUCCUCCUCCCCCCGAUGCCCCAACCAGUGAACAAACACCACCAACACACAAAGAAACUCCACCACACAAAUCAACCAGAUCUUCUCCUCCACCUCCCCCUGAUGCCCCGGCUAGUGACCUAACACCGCCAGCAUCGAAACAAACUCCACCACACAAAUCGACCAAAUCUUCACACCCGCCACCACCUCCUCAUCACGAAUCCUCGACUAAUGAACCACCACCACCUCCGAAACAAACUCCACCACAUAAACCCAAGUCCUCUCCUCCUCAUCAUGAAUCAACACCACCAACUCCCAAACAAACUCCGCCACACAAAUCCAAAUCCUCCAGCCCGCCUCCUCCCCCACAUCAUUCCCCAACUCAUGAACCAACACCGCCAACUCAUAAACAAACUCCACCACACAAAUCCAAAUCACCCGGCUCUCCGCCACCGCCUCCUCAUGAACCAACACCAUCCACCCAUAAACCAACUUCACCACCCAAAUCCAAGUCUCCCCCACCACCAGCACCACAUGCCUCUAAGUCAACACCGCCAGCUCAUAAUAAACAACCACCGGCCCACUUUUCUCCUCCAGUUCAACCACCGCCAUCACCUACAACUACUCCACCACCACCAGUGCAAUCUCCACCACCACCACCACCACCAGUGCAAUCUCCCCCUCCACCUGUCUUUGAGGACGUAGAACUUCCUCCCAAUUUGGGGUCUAUAUAUGCUUCACCGCCACCACCAAUCUUCCAAGGAUAUUAAGUGGCAAAAUCAGCACAGGCCUUGGCUUCUCCCAAUGAAAACACAAAGAGCUUGUCGUGCGAAUAUAUACUUAAUCAAGAAAAGUUUUAGUAUACU